CCCCGGAGUCUUUGCCUGCGAGCGAGCGCCGUCACUCAAUGGUGCAGCAAGGCAGCGCGCACGUGCUACGACAGUGCGCGUGACGGUCCACAUGUGAAUUACCUGAGCUGUGCAUGAGAGCACCAGAUCACCUCACUCAGCCAAUGUAGCAGCCACAGGACCGGGCAAAGUCUGAGAGGAAACGGCGACGAACGGAGGCCAGAUCGCGAAAAGUAGCGCCUAUGACAGCCUCCCUGGUCCUAAACCCUCGCUGGCCAGCGGACGCGGUGAUGUUUGUGUAUGACAACAACCUGGACGACCUGAACAAGAACAUGGAGGGGCUGGUGGGAAGCGGCAACUUCGCUGCAGCCACAGCGGCAAGCCAGUGCCGCAACAUUAUGGCGCACUCGGCGGCCGCGGCUGCUCUGGGCGGCCACCCAUCCGGCCUGAUGCACUCCUCAGCCGGCUACUCCACAGUGGACGUGUCCGCCUCUGGCUCCAGCGAGACCGGCGCCUCUUCGGGGAAGCAGUGCACGGCCGGACCGUGUCCGGCGGCCGCCGUCCCGCAUCAGAGCUCAUCCGCAGCCACCGCGUUACCGUACAGCUAUUUUGGUAACGGCUACUACCCGUGCAGGAUGGGGCGGGGUCCCCUUAAAUCAUGCACCCAGGCGGCCGGAGCCGCGCUCAGCUCACAAUACAUGGACACGACGGUGAACUCUGACGAAUACACGAACCAUCGAGCCAAAGAGUUCGCCUUUUAUCACGGCUACCCGAGCCCCUACCAGUCCAUGGCCAGCUACCUGGACGUGUCGGUGGUCCAAACACUGGGUACCGGGGAGCCGCGCCAUGACACCCUGCUCCCCAUGGACAGCUACCAGCCCUGGGCUCUGACCAAUGGCUGGGGGGGACAGAUGUACUGCUCUAAGGACCAGGGGCAGGCUGGCCACCUCUGGAAGUCCGCCCUCGCUGAUGUGGUGGCGCACCAGCACGACGGCUCGCCUUUCCGCCGAGGCAGAAAGAAGCGGAUACCGUACACCAAGGUCCAGCUGAAGGAGCUGGAGAAAGAGUACGCCGCCAACAAGUUCAUCACCAAGGACAAGAGGAGGAAGAUCUCGGCCGUGACCAGCCUGUCCGAGCGGCAGAUCACCAUCUGGUUCCAGAACAGGAGGGUGAAGGAGAAGAAGUUCGUGGCCAAAGUGAAGACCAGCGCGCCGUAGCACGCCGACCCAUGUUGUUUGGACGAUAUCACGAAAGAACUGGCUUUGACUAAAAAAUGAACUGAUGCGAAGUGCCAAAAAGAGAGAAAAAUUACGAAAUUCGAUGUGGAGGACCAGGACUGUGGAAUGGAACAAGAAAAGACCAACAAAAAGGACAAAAAGGACAAAAAAGGUUAAAGAAAAGAACCAAAGCCCUCUGACCUUCUUUUCAGGGGCAUCCUGUAAAUACAGCACCUUCCUGCCUGCUUCGAUCUGUCUGUCUCCUGUCUGUGUUUUACUGUUUGUCAGUGUUGUGAGUGACCAGUAGUCAAUAGCUGAAAACACAUUAUUAUACUGUCUGUCCACAUUGUUUAAAACGCUUGUAAACCAGUAAUCAAAAUAAAUUCUUUUAAUCCUCA